CUUCAGCCGCAGAGUGCAGUCAUGACGAGGUGGGCGAGAGCCAACAAUGUUCACAAACACAAGCCGUCUGAGGCCACUCCAUGGAGUCAGCUGAGAGGAGGAGGAGGAGGAGGAGGAGGAGGAGGAGGAGGGGGGAGACCUCAGGGGGACCCUCUGAGAGGGACUCGGGCCGGCGGCUCCGCUGUGAAGAAACCCAACCGUCCCAAGAAGGACUACGCCAGCGAGGACGUGAACGGCUUCCUGGAGUACCUGCAGCAGACGGGCCAGCCGCUGCCCAGGGGGAGCACCGGGGGGGGGGAGGGGGCGCGGGAGUUCAGGGAGGAGGCGGAGACGGCCCUGAGGAAAGACCGAAGACGGGAGGACAGGAGGGUGAAGAGACAGGACAACAAGAAGAACAACAUGGUGAGAGAUAGCCUGUGUUUUAACUGCAGGAGACCGGCAGGGUUGGCGACUGCCCCGCAGGCGGACCGAGACGAGGAGAUGGCCGAGGCUUGCUACCGGCUGCGGCUCCACGAGAACGAGAUCCACAAGUGUAGAGCUAAGGUGGACCCCGCCCUGGGAGAGUACCCGUACGCUAAGUGCUUCAUCUGCAGUAAGACGGGACACCUGUCCCGGGCCUGUCCCGAUAAUCCCAAAGGACUCUACGCACAAGGAGGUUCCUGUCGGGUCUGUGGGUCGGUGGAACAUUUCCAGAAGGACUGUCCGGAGCAUCAGGCUGCAACUAACGCGGUGACGGUUCCCUGGUUGUCCAACAACAUGAGCGCCGACCACGAGGACGUCCACGUUCCGGUGAAGAAAACCAAACCCAAACAAGAGAAGGUGGUGAAGUUCUGAUGACGCUUUCUCGGACCACAUUUACCUUCUGGACUCAGAUGAAUGGACAGAGCACCUCAGACCCCGUCUCAUUAUCUCUGUGUAUAUGUUAAAUCCUUUAUUAAAAUGCCCAUGGUAUGAAAA